AUGCCAAGAAUUAAUGAAGAAGGUUUUAAAAAAAUUCUUGCCUGCUAUGAGUCAGAAAAAUCACAUCUUGAAGCAAUACUUGGGCAAGACAUGUAUAAAACAGAGCAACAUGUAGCUUCUGGACAUG